UGCUUUGUGUGUGUGUGUGUGUGUGUGUGUGAGAGAGAGUCUCCAGUCCGUUAUUUGAAGGUUGUCUCGUGCAGGAGUGUCACUCUCCAGACCUUAUGGGACUUCUGAUAACCGCAGUGUUCCUCUGUGCUGCAGUCGGAGUGGGAAGCCGGCCAGUGACCUCACCCCACAGUGAUGCCAAGGUGCAGGUUGAAUGUAUCAUUGAAGAGACGCUGAAUGAGAAUGGGUCACAUGAUGAGUGUGGGCCACAGCUGGCAGAGGAACUCGACAAAGUGCAGAGACAUGAGGGUCUGCUGAGGGAGCUCCAGAGGCUGGCUGACCAUGAGAGAGAGAGGGAGCGUCAGCAUUACGACUACGACUUUGAGCAAAGGGACGAGGAAGAGGAGGAGGAGAGAGAAACUACUGACCAUUUGAACAAGACAGACGGAGAGGACACCAAAGAGUUGAUGGAGAAGCCACGAAUCGAGGACAGAGGGAGAGAUGAUGAAGAGGAGAGAGCCAGGGAGCUUGAGGAACUGCUGGCUGAAGAGAUAACUAAGAAAGGGAAGGAGGAGAGGAAUGAUGAAGAGCUAAAAGAGCUGCUGAAAGAGUUGAAAAAGAGGCGAUAUGAGGCUGUGAGGGAGAGAGAGAUCCAGAGAGGCUCAGAGCUAGAGCAGGGGAAAGAGAAGAAGAAAAAGGACAAAGACAAUGAAGAACAAUCAGUGGAGAAGCAAAGGGUUGAAGAGAGGAGGAAGAACAAGGUGGAGUUGAUGGUGGAAAAGGAGAAGGUGGAAAAUGAGCUGAAGGAGCUUCUCAAAGAGCAAGAUAACAAGAACAAGCUGCAACAGGAGCAGGAGUGGAAGGAGAAGCAAGAGGAGCUGGAUGAACUUGAGAGGAAGAUGAAGCAUGUGCAGCAGGAGGAGGAUAUUCAGGGCAGAACAGAAGGUGACUCGCAGGUGGAAGAGAAGACUGUAAAGGAUGAGGGAGAACGAGUUAAGGAGACUGAGGGUAAAGCAGGAGCAUACCAGAUGAAGGAGCCCCAACAGAAGAGGGUGAUGGAGAAAGCCAGCGAUGAAGCCACACGGCAGUUUGAGCAGGAACACUACAAGAAUCAGGAGGAAGAGGAGGAGGAAUACGUCAGACAGGAUGAAAAGGGGCAAGAGGAAGAAGACAACGAUGAGGCUGUUGAGGAAGAAGAUGAAGGCGAGGAGCUGCUGGAGAUUGAGGCCGAGCUGCAAAAGGUGGCAGCAGAACUGAGAGAGCUUCGCAGAGGAUGAGUCGCACACACACAGAUGCUGAUAGGACUCUUUGUUUUAUUCACAUUCACACAUUCACGAGAAACAUCAGUGUACGUACGCUUUAAGAUGGUCUGGAACAGGUCACUGUUUCCCCAGUGCUCGUUCAGAUGUCUGCAGCUCCAUGUGUCUCAUGUCCCUCAUGGAGACAUGAGACACAUGGAGCUCAUGUCUCCAUGUGUCUCCAUGUGUCUCAUGAGUACUGGCACUCACUCAGUGCGUUUCAUGUCAGUGAACUGAACUUUAAGUCUUAUGUGUAUUUGAAGUAUUUGAAGUAUUGAUUAUUUGAUAUUUCACUGACGACUGCUGUAUGUGUAAACUGAUGGUGACUCUUCUACACUGGUCAUUAUCAUCAUCUUUUGGCUCAUGCACUGUUAAAAACAAGACUGUUUGAUUUGAACCACGGUGACGCGAGCACAACAUGUCAAAUGUAAGCUGAACGCUGAGUUUCCCAGCACGUGGUUAGUGUGCAGUGAAAGGACGAGAUGUACUCAGAGCUUACGAGGUCUUAAAAGUGUCACUUCAGGUUCUCAGUCAGCUUUGCACUCUUAUCUUAACAUGCCACGGAGGAGCCAAGCGCAGAGUGACUCACUAAAGCCAUCUGUUGUCUGGUAACAGCUGACAGUCACUGAUAAACUCAUGUCAUCUGUGUACAUAUCAGCUGCCAUAAGCCCCUUUCCACUUGCAUGUUCUCCCCGUGUGUGCGUGGGUUUUCUCUGGGUUCUCCGGGUUCUCCUGGUUCUGCCCGCACAGUCCAAAAACAUGCAACAUGGGGAUCAGGUGAAUUGGUCGUAGGUGUGAGGGUGAAGUCCAGUGACUGUGUCAGACGGCGUCUGUGCUCCUGUCAUGGAGGAAGAACUGAACUCACCAGUAUGUUGUGUGUGUGUGUGUGUGUGUGUGUGUGUGCGAGUGUGCGAGUGUGCGAGUGAGUGAUGGAAACACAACCAGAACUGUGGUGAGACAGUGGUGAGACAGGUGAGCUGAGCUUAGACCAUGUAGUGGAAACACAGCAAUAGUCUUUCUGCCAAUGUCAUAGAAAUGAUGAGUCACAGCGCCCCCAAGAGGACUCUGUGUGGACAUGCACAUGGUGCAAAUUUAACAGGGUUACAGUGGAAGCCCACUUCACUGCAAUAAUACAAUGCAGAAAACAGCACAUGGGGAUGCAAUAAUUAUUCCAAUAAGUCAUAACUUCAUAUAUUUUAAUAUGUAAACAAAGUGCCAAUAUUUACAGUUUAUAUUGACACAGCAUCUGCUCAGAAACCAUCAUGAAGCAACACUAACGUCUAUCCCAAAGAGUAGAUUUGUGUUCACUGAGGAAUAAAUAAAAAAUUUGUCAUUUUUAAUUUUCUGUUAAUAUUAAGAAUAUUGGCUUUUUUUUAUACCAAUAUUCAAUGUGCUGAUGUUGUCCAACACUUAAUUUCCAAUUCAAAUAUCAACUGAUACGAUACCGAUAUAUAUACAGGCUUAUUCCCCACAAAACUCACAUCACAUAUUUCCUGUUGUGGAAUUAAAACAUAUUGCCUACUUUUAUGUCCAUAUAAAGAUCUAUAAAAACCUCUUUUAGAUCAUUAUAUUCUAUUUUUUUAAUUCAUGGAGUUUCACAUUUGUAAAACCGUCCUAAAGGCCAUGAAAAGCCCAGAGUGACGUCACGGCUGUGUACGAGCACAGCAAAGCGCAGUCAUGUGACGUCACGGCUGUGUACGAGCACAGCAAAGCGUGGUCAUGUGACGUCUCGUGAACGACGCUACUGUCAGUGAACGUACGAAAUUAAAACUUUAUGAGAAAUGAGGUUUUAGUUAUUUAUUUGUCGCUCAGUAGGAUUUAUUUUACAACUUAUUAUCAAUGUAUUAACGAGCUGCUGUGUGGAUUCACUGACAUGCUGCACUUUAUCACUUUGUUGUAUAAAUAUUUAAAAUUACAUACAAGUUUUAUGACGUCAAAUAAACAUAAUUACAGAAUGAACAGAAACAUGUUCUACUCUGUACACACUGUAGGGUUUUUUUCAGUUUACAGCAACUUUCAUCAUUAUCAUACAGUAAAUGCAUUAUAAAUAUACUAAAUACUAAAUAUAGCAUUGUAAAAAUAACACCUAUUGAAAUAUGUUAUAUUAAAUGCUUAAAUAUCACAGCAAACACAACUGUGUGACUCCCAUCAUGCCUUUGGCUGCUCAUGCACGAUGAUGGGAGUAACCCUACCGUUGUUGUACUGUUUUCAUACAUGUUACACUAGAUUACUGCUACCUUUGUGUUUGUCUGUUGUGAGUGUUCAUGCAGUUCAUGCAGUUUCUAAAUCAACGCUGUGACUGUUAUAGAAAUAAAAGGCACUUUUACCUCGAAUCAGUUAUUGCUUACUGCGUCUCGAGCUCGCCACAAUAUACACCGAGCAUUUCAUCGCACAUUUUGGCGAAAUCCAGGUAUUACUUUGUUGGGUUUUCAUUUUCGACACAAAAACUGAUAUUACAUUAAUAGGCUAAUCUUGUCUGAUAUUAUCGGACAUCCCUGGUUGAUAUACAGUACAAGUGCAAAAUAUCCCCACAUAAUGUAUUUUACAAACAAGCAAGAAUGACGUGUUACUUUCUGCGCAUAGAGGACAUUUCAAGUAACGGUAAAAGGAAAAUAAAGGAAAAUACAACCCUGAAACAUGAUUUGUAAUACUACUGGCUGCUCAAAGUGCUCUAUGCUGUGCCUGGUGUAUCUUCUUCUUAUGCUACCUGUCAAUCAAUAAAUGGAAAAUGGUUUCAACCAG